GUAAAACAUGUCUUGAGAAAGAGACAUUAAACUACAUUCACUGAACUGACAGGUAAACCUGUAUUUUAUCUCUCCAGUCUUUCUGAUUCCUGUUCUGCAGAGAAACCCCGACGGAAACUAAAAUCCACUCUCUCACUGGAAAACUAAGUCCAAGAAUGGCAGAAAAGGUGCUGGUCACAGGUGGAGCGGGUUACAUUGGGAGCCACUGUGUGGUGGAGCUCAUUGAAGCAGGCUACCAGCCGGUCGUAGUGGAUAACUUCAGUAACGCUGUAAGAGGAGAAGGUGACGUGCCAGAAAGCAUACGAAGGAUAGAGAAGCUCCUAGACACCAAAAUUGAGUUUCAUGAAUUAGAUCUUUUGGACCAGCCUGGCUUGGAAAAACUCUUCAAAAAGCAUUCUUUCAGCGCAGUGAUACACUUUGCUGGUCUAAAGGCUGUUGGAGAAUCAGUUGAGCUGCCCUUACGCUACUACAGGGUCAACCUUACUGCCUCUAUGAACCUGCUUGAGGUGAUGCAGGCUCACAGGGUGCACAAUCUGGUCUUCAGCAGCUCUGCCACAGUGUACGGAGACCCUCAGCGCCUUCCCAUCGAUGAGCAGCAUCCCGUUGGUGGCUGCACCAACCCCUACGGCAAGACCAAGUACUUUAUUGAGGAGAUGAUCAAGGACCACUGUAAAGCUGAGAAGGACUGGAAUGCAGUGCUGCUUCGUUAUUUCAAUCCAAUUGGAGCUCACUCAUCUGGCCUGAUAGGAGAGGAUCCUCAGGGUAUCCCCAACAACCUGCUGCCAUAUGUUGCCCAGGUUGCCAUUGGAAGAAGACAGUGCCUCAGUGUAUUUGGAAAUGAUUAUGACACACCUGAUGGCACAGGUGUGAGAGAUUAUAUCCAUGUUGUUGAUCUGGCAAAAGGACACAUAGCAGCUCUAAAGAAGCUGAAGGAAGACUGCGGGUGCAAGGUUUACAACCUUGGAACAGGAAGAGGCUACUCUGUGCUCCAGAUGGUGAAAGCCAUGGAAAAAGCUUCAGGGAGAGAGAUCUCGUACAAAAUCGCCCCACGGAGAGGUGGAGACAUAGCAUCCUGCUAUGCUGACCCUUGUCUAGCUGAGAAGGAGCUGGGCUGGAAGGCCAGCUUUGACCUGGAAAGAAUGUUUUUCUGUGUAUUUUUGUACCUUUCCAGGUGAGGAUCUGUGGCGCUGGCAGUCAAUGAACCCCACUGGAUUUUCCAAUGGUACAGCCUCAUGAUGAAUCCCCUGCCUUAUGCUACUGUUUCUACAUCAACGGGCCAAAGGGAACCAUAAACUUCCUCAUUUUUGCAUAUCGCAUUAAAACCUCAAACCUUAAGGGGAGCCAAAUGCUUUAUGCUUUAUAAUUUUUAAUUCUUAAAAUACUGUUUGUUGAAAAAACACAGAAAAUGUCUGUCAGCUUUAUUUUAUUGUUUCCGUUUAACAUUUAUUUUUUCUCUAUGAAUGUAUCAAUCUUUGAGCCAUAUCUUAAAAUGAAUAAAUUAAUUUUCUAAAUGAGAAGACUAAUAUUUGUAUUUCUCUUCCUUUAUGAAAG